AUGCAUUCAACCACGGAUCUUUCACUAGAGGGAUCAAAGCCGGUUAGUCGCGAGGCUACGUGGCGCGUCCCCGGGGAUGGACUCCCUGUUUCUGCUGAGCCAGGACUGUCUCAUGACAUACUUGUAUCCCGUACGUCGGUCCGGCCAAAAGCCUGCAAUCAAGUGACUGGGAGGUGCAAGGGAGGCGGUUUGGAGUCGCCUCCAACAAAUAAGCUCCACAUGUCAGUUCCGGGAGAACGGAAGUUCUCCCAAAAACUCAGGGGACUAGAGGCCAUGGGCAACCUGCCCAUGGGUUCUAAAAAAAUUUUUGCAUGUCACAGUAAUAGAAAAGAGUCUCCUGAUCCAGGAGGAAAGCCUGGUAUGGUAGCGCCAGGAAGGACGGGGUUGCAGGAGUCAUAUAGGCUACCGGAACGGAAAAGGAUUAGGAUGACGAUUUUUACUUAUAACGCACGUACGCUUGCAUCGGAAGCGGCCAUCGAAGAUCUGAUGCAAGUCAAGAAGAUCAAGUACGAUGUCAUCGGACUGACCGCGACGAGACGACGUUACUCUCUCAACGCCGUUUAUGAAACUGGAGAAGAACUGUUCUUAGGAACAUGCGACAGUAGAGGUGUUGGUGAAGUUGGCUUCCUCGUCAACACGAAAGAAGAAGUCGAGGCGUUCGAUGCUGACCUGGAGAAGUUCUACCGAGAAGAUCAUGCCUUCUACAAGGUCAUAAUUGGCGAUUUUAACGCCAAAGUUGGCCCAAGAAGAACGCCGGAGGAACUUCACAUUGGGACCCACGGCCUACAAUGGAAUGACCAGGGGGAGAGGCUCUCCGAGUUCAUCACGACGACUAAGACCAUCCAUGGGAACUCGCAGUUCCAGAAGCCCUCCUCUCUACGCUGGACGUGGGAGUCACCCGGUGGAGGGUAUCGUAAUGAAAUAGACCACAUCAUAGCGAUAAAGGAAGACCUUAAAGAGAGAAGAGCAGAAGUGCUGGCUGAAGCUGCAAAGGCGGGGAAAAGCAUUCGCUAUGCAAGCCGAGACUUCGCCAGUCGCAAGACAAGGAUGACUGCUCUCCGGAACCCAAAGGGAACAGCCAUUGCAUCGAGAAGGGAGAUGGAGAAAAUCAUCUACGACUUCUACUCUGAUCUCUUCGACAGACAUGUCCACUUGCCUCCUCACCAUCUGAGGGAAGACGGACAUGUCAUUCCAGAGGUUCUCCCGUCCGAAAUACGACAUGCUAUCAAGUCGGUAAGAAAUCGUACGGCACCCGGUCUCGACAGAAUAAGACCAGAACAACUGAAGAACCUCCCGCCAGUACUCAUCAACACCCUGGCGAGGCUCUUUACACGUUAUCUGUCGGAAUGCAAGGCUUCUAAACAGUGGAAGACCAGCAAGACCGUAUUGUUGUAUAAAAAGGGAGAUCCACAUGACAUCGGCAACUAUCGUCCAAUCUGCUUACUGUCCGUCAUCUACAAGCUCUUUACAAGAGUGAUCCUUAAUAGGAUUGAAAAAGUCUUGGAUGAAGGACAGCCAUGGAAGCAAGCAGGGUUUCGAAAAGAAUUAAGCACGAUUGAUCUCAUUCACACCGUUUCGAAACUCAUCGAGGUAUCACGAGAGUACAAGGUGCCGCUCUGUCUCACCUUCAUCGACUUGAAGAAGGCCUUCGACUCAGUUGAGACGGAAGCGGUCGUGGAAGCCUUGGACAACCAAGGCGUCCCUACUCAGUACAUAAAGGAACUUCGAGAGUUGUACAGUAAUUUCACGACCGGAAUUCUACAAGAACAUCAUCAUUGA